AUGAGGUCUUCGCUGCAGGCAGUGGCACUCUGGGGAAUAAAGGCCCCUCCUCACAGCAUCACUGCCAUCAUGAUCACAGAUGACCAACAAACAAUUGUCACUGGAAGUCAAGAGGGUCAGCUCUGCCUCUGGACUCUCUCCCCGGAACUAAAGAUUUCAGCUAAAGAACUUCUGUUUGGUCAUUCAGCUUCAAUAACAUGUUUGGCAAGAGCAAGAGACUUCUCAAAACAGCCGUAUAUCGUCAGUGCUGCUGAAAAUGGGGAGAUGUGUAUUUGGAAUGUCACCAAUGGACAGUGCGUGGACCAGGCCACACUUCCUUUCAGGCACACCGCAAUCUGUUAUUAUCAUUGCUCAUCAAGGAUGACAGGAGAAGGCUGGCUUCUGUGUUGUGGAGAAUACCAAGAUGUCCUCAUAAUAGAUGCCAAAACUUUGGCCCCUGUUCAUACUUUUACAUCAUCUCAGUCUCCUGAUUGGAUCAACUGUAUGUGUAUUGUUCAUUCCGUGAGAAUUCAAGAUUCGCUCUUGGUGGUUUCAGUAGCUGGCGAGCUCAAAGUCUGGGAUCUCUCUUCAUCUAUCAACAGCAUUCAGGAAAAGCAAGAUGUUUAUGAAAAAGAAUCCAAGUCUCUGGACUCUCUGAACUGCCAGACAAUCCGAUUUUGCCCAUAUACAGAAAGACUUCUGCUUGUGGUAUUUUCAAAAUGUUGGAAGGUCUAUGAUUAUUGUGAUUUUUCCCUCCUGUGGACUGAAGUUACGACAAGUGGGCAGUUCUUUGCUGGUGGGGAGGUACUUGCUGCUCACAGAAUUAUCAUCUGGACAGAAGAUGGUCACAGUUAUAUCUAUCAGCUGCUGAACAGUGGGCUUUCAAAAAGCAUAUACCCUGCUGAUGGAAGAGUACUUAAAGAGACCAUUUAUCCUCAUUUACUCUGCUCUACUUCUGUGCAAGAAAAUAAGAGCUUUCCCUUUGUUAUGGGCUACAUGAAUGAAAGGAAAGAGCCCUUUUAUAAAGUCCUUUUCUCUGGAGAAGUCUCAGGAAGAAUUACUUUGUGGCACAUCCCAGAUGUUCCUGUUUCCAAAUUUGAUGGUUCUCCAAGAGAGAUUCCAAUAAGUACCACCUGGACCCUUCAAGAUAAUUUUGAUAAGCAUCAUGCCAUGUCACAGAGUAUUAUUGACCAUCUUUCUGGGACUGGGGCUACAGUGGUCACUUCAUCAGAGUAUGUUCCAAGUCUUGAUAAACUCAUAUGUGGUUGUGAAGAUGGAAGAAUUUUCAUUACACAAGCUUUGAAUGCUGCCAAAGCAGGACUUCUGGAAGGCGGUUCUUUAUUAAAAGAUUCACUCUCUUUCAAGGUUCUUAAAGGCCACCACCAGAGUGUUACUUCAUUACUGUAUCCACAUGGCCUCUCAUCAAAAUUAGACCACAGUUGGAUGGUGUCUGGGGACCAGGACUCAUCUGUCAUCUUGUGGAAUAUCUUUACUGAACAAAUUUUGCAUAAAUUCUGUUUGGAAGCUGGUCCAGUAACAAGUCUUUUGAUGUCACCAGAGAGUUUCAGACUAAGAGGGGAUCAGAUAAUUUGCUGUGUGUGCAGCGAGCGUUCAGUGGCCCUCCUCCACCUUGAGGAGAAGAGUUGUCUCCUACGUGCCCGGAAGCACCUUUUCCCUGUGAGGAUGAUAAAAUGGCAUCCUGUGGAGAAUUUUUUAAUUGUUGGAUGUGCAGAUGACUCUGUUUACAUUUGGGAAAUUGAAACAGGUACUUUGGAAAGACAUGAAACAGGAGAAAGAGCAAGAAUUAUUCUUAAUUGCUGUGAUGAUUCACAGCUUCUAAAACCUGAAUCUGCACUUCCAGUUGCUUCGGAGAUACAGAAGCACAGAAUUGUAGAACAGAGGUCUUCCAGCUGCUACCAGCCUGGGCCAAUGGCAUCAUCUGGUCUGCAGGUGGAGUCUUCAAGUAAGGUUGCUGAUGUUAGGUCUUUCUCAGGACCUUUUGGUGUCUUACCUGUGAAGAUAAAAUGGAGUAACAUUAGCUUUCAUAUUCUUCUAUUUGAUCUGGAAAACCUUGUUGAACUUUUGCUGCCUACUCCAGUCAGUGGUGUGGACUCUUCCAGUUCAUUCUAUGGUAGUGAGAUCCUCAAAAGAGCCAAGAGUACAGUUGAGAAGACAACAUUGACACUGAAACGGAGUAAAACAGCCUCUGGUCUUCUCUCAGAGGAGCCACAAGUCAGAACCAUUCGUGAAAAUCCAGUCCAAGAAGAUAAUUCCUUCCAAUUCUCAGAAGAAAAUGAUGGCAUUAAGAGGCAUAAGAAAAUGAAGAGCUCCAAAAAGAUGCCCCCAAAGCCAUCAAGAAAAGUUGAUUCCAAAGUUAUGAUUGACACAGCUAAAUUGCUCCUGUCUUGCUUAUUGCCUUGGGGUGUGGAUAAAGAAUUAGAUAAUCUCUGCAUUAAGCAUCUCAACAUUUUAAAGCUUCAGAGUCCAGUUUCUUUAGGACUUGCUUCAAACGAAGAUCACUUCUCAUUGAUGCUGCCAGGUUGGGAUUUGUGCAAUGCUGAUAUGAAGAAAGACUAUACAAGAGUAAAUUUAUUUUCUAGAAAAGUUUUGGAUUUGUCAAGUAAAUACACAGCUGUUCUUCCAAACCAAGCUGGGACAGCAAGAGGACUAGAAAGUAAUUGUGAUUCUUCGCAAGAGUCAAACACAAUAGUUUACUUAUUAAACAGACUAUUUUUAGUUAGUCAGAUAGUUAACAUGCCUUUAGAAUUGGCUUGUGGAAUUGACAGUGCUUUCAAAAUGGAAUCUGGUCAUAACAAAGUGAAAAAUUCUGGAAAUGAGAUUUUUAAUCUUUCAAGCUUCUACAGUUACUUACGUAAUGGUAAGAAUGAAACCCAUAUACCUGAGGCUGACCUUUCACUUUUGAAGCUGAUUUCCUGUUGGAGAGACCAGUCUGUCCAGGUAACCGAAGCAAUACAAGCUGUUCUCUUGGCAGAAGUUCAGCAGCACUUGAAAACAUUGAGAGAGAUCCCAAUCAACAGUCAACCGACAUCCACGGACAAGACAAAUAACUGUGAGAUGCUGCAGACCAUGCCAAGAAAGGAACUGGCUGAGCAACUGGAGUUAGAAUGCAUGACAAACAGGCCUCUUCAAACUCCAGUCAGUCUGGUCAAGCAUGACAGCAACUCAAACUCGGCAAACUUCCAAGACGCAGAGGACAAGCCUGACAGAUGUGUCUUGGAAGAGUCAGAGAGUCCAGGUAAAACAAGUCAUCAUUCGUGGAUAGUGAAGGUGUGUUCCUGCAAAGUGUGCUAA